UCGUCAAUUGCUCCUCCUUCCUGUUGUGUGCAGGCAGGCAAACAGCUACUGCUGAUAACGAAUUCCGAUUUUCAUUACACGGACAAGAUGAUGUCUCAUGCUUUCGACAAAUUUCUUCCGAGUAGCAUGAAAUGGCGGGAUCUCUUUGCCAUGGUGAUCGUCUCUGCGAGGAAGCCGGAAUUUUUCCAGAAAGCUCACCCAUUGUAUGAAAUUGUCACUGAAGAUGGGCUCAUGCGCCCCUGCUCCGUUGCCACACUAGGAGGACUUUACUGUGGUGGUAGUGCGCAAAUGGUGGAAAAGGCAUUGGGGUUCAGUGGUGAUGAGACCCUCUAUGUUGGGGACCAUAUUUACACUGACGUCAGCCAAUCGAAGCUCCAUCUACGUUGGAGGACUGCACUGAUUUGCCGGGAGAUUGAGCAGGAGGUGGAAGCACUGGAGCGGGGUCAUAGUCAUCGACAAAAGCUCAUGGAAUUGAUGAGGCAGAAAGAGAGAUUGGGAGAUGCGUUCAAUCAACUUCGCCUAGCAACGCAGCGCAAGUCAGUGGGCCGGGAAGCCAAGCUGCCGGCGGCUAUGGACUUGAAUGACAGUGUGGUGCUGGAGGAGAUGCAAAAGCUGUUACUGCUAAUGGAGAGGCUCGAUCAAAGAAUCGCCCCAAUGCUUGCAGAGGAUGGAAAUUUUUUCAAUGAGAGAUGGGGAUAUCUAUCGCGUGCUGGACUUAACGACAAGAGUCACCUUACACGUCAGAUUGAGAAGUAUGCUGAUAUCUAUACAUCACGGGUAUCCAACUUUCUGCGCUACACACCAUUCAUGUACUUCAGGUCCCCAAGCCAGACGGAGAACACGCGGACGGAGGACGCACGGACGUCCUCCGUAUGGAUGGAUGGAUGGAUGGACGCACGGACGGAGGACGCACAGACGGAGGACGCACGGACGGAGGACGCACGGUCGGAGGACGGAGGACGGAGGACGGACGGACGGAUGGACGGAUGGAGGAAGGGAUGGACUGAGAGGGGAAGGGAUGGACUGAGAGGGGAAGGGACUGAUGGCCAGAGGAGGGACGGACGGACCGACAGAGAGAGGGAGGGAGGGAGGGAGGGAGGGAGGACAGGCAGUGAAAUGGAUGGAUGGAUGGAUAGAUGGAUGGAUGGAUGGAUGGAUGGAUGGAUGGAUGGAUGGAUGGAUGAGUGGAUGGAUGGGAGGAUGGAUGGGUGGAUGGGUGGAUGGAUGGAUGGAUGGAUGGAUAGAUAAAUGGAGUGACAGAUAGAUUGUCUACUCAAUAGCUGACGUGGUUGAUGCCUCUUAAAAUGACACCACCCCCUUCCCUCUGCAUGGCCAUUGGUCCAUGCUGUAAGUGUAACAAUGAAUGGUUGUUAACUUGUUAGAUGAAUGGAUGCAUUAAUCGAUAUUGUCAGGACAAACGUAUUCACAGAUGGUGGACAAUUUGGAGCAAAGGAACAUGCGUCUCCAUGGCACUGGAAGGGACAAGAGUCAGCAGAAAUGACAGCUCUGGAAUGACACAGUUCAAUGCAAUCCUCCCUCGGUGGCCUGUGAAUGAACCGGUCUCCUUCUGGAGGUGAUAUUUCUCUCUCUGCGGCACAGAGAAGUGAGCACUUCUUUUACAAGCAUCGAGUUGAUGAGCCCAGCUCACAGCCUUACACUUUUCUAUGCGCCUUCGCCCAUUCAAUGCGGCUUUUGCGCUCGAGUGAUGGACCGGCAAAAUGGGGUUGAAAGAGGUAUGAGAGAGAACAGUGUGAGGUGGGUACCUUGUAUAUCGCCAUUGGCUACCGUCACUGUGCCCCCCUCUUUCAUUUGAAUUCACGGCGAGCAACGAAGAAGGACAGAGGUUCCUUGUCUCCGGGGACGGAACUGGAACGAAGCUAUAGAGAUAGACAAAGGUGAGAGUCUUGUGUGUGUCGAACAGGUAAAGCAUCGCACUAUGCGGACUUGCGCAGACUGGCUGCAAAUGCCGCCAUGAGCUAUCAUCGUCAUCGUCAGCAUAUCCCACAACAGAGCACUAUUCGCUUACCCCUCUCAGUGCAACGCAUGACACCAAAGCAAGAAAUGCCAUAAGCCACGUUUGUGCAGGACCGUGUGAGCAACAACGCAGCUGUCAUUUCUGCUUUUCUGCUUCUGUGCGGACAUCGACUCUAGUUGGUGGGGGUUUCACAUUACCAUCUUUUCUGAUCGAAGGUCAUCUGAUGUUCUCUGCCCAUGCCACCGAUGUGAAACCGCCGCCAUCUAGGUGCUCCUCUUCCCAUCAUCUAGCAUUUUAGGAAAGUCAGAACCCCCCUGCCAUUCCAGAAACUGCUUCUGUGGAAACCGGAGAACUGACUUUUGAUUUGUUUUCAUUUUAGAUUGGACUUCCAAAACAUUUCCCGCAUCCGGGUGGGGCUAGACGGUACAGUCAGACACACACACACACACACACACAGAGAGAGAGAGAGAGAGAGAGAGAGAGAGAGAGAGAGAGAGAGAGAGAGAGAGAGAGAUGUGGUGUUCAGUGCAAUUUGACGUCCUUUUGACGGUCUACGUCCGUUCCUUUUUGGCAUGUGGUACCUUUCUAAGUACAUGAGUGGCCAAGGGGAGGGGGGAGGAUAGAGGGGAGAGAAAGAAGCGGACUGACAGAUUAUAGAUUGGCUGACUUGCAGACUGGCCGGCCUAUUGACCGAGAGGGCCCAACACACCGACAUACCCAGCAGACCAUGUAGGCAGGCAGACAGGCAGACAGGCUGACUGACCGACCGACAGACCGACCGACCGACCGACCGACCGACCGACCGACCGACCGACUGGACAAAACAAGACAGACAGAUGUGGUGUACCAGCGCAGGUUUCUUUACUUCUGACUAUCUUUAGGUGAUCCUUCUCCGCGGCUAUUUUAGGACAAGCCUGUGACUCUGUGAAUACCAUGGACUCUGAGGCUUUGCUGUACACUUCAACUUCCACCGGUUCAAGCUCUGUGUUCCACGACACACCUUCCUGCGUAACUUUUGUUGUUUGGUUAGUGUCCGGAAGAUUUUAUCAAAUUUGUACAAAGAAUGAAAUUGAAAUCAAUGAGCUGAUUUUGA